GCUGUCUGGAUGGGUAGCUAGUCGUACUCAUACACUUUCGCUGAGGGGGAGAAGAUGGCAAGCCACAGCAGUGGAAGCUCCGAUGCAUUCAUCAAAAUUCCGGAGAUCAAGUUUACCAAGCUCUUUAUCAGCGGCGAGUUCGUCGAUUCCGUUUCAGGAAAAACGUUCGAGACGAUUGAUCCAAGGACCGGAGAUGUAAUCGCAAGAGUUGCAGAAGGAGAUAAAGAGGACGUUAAUUUGGCCGUGAAAGCCGGCCGCCAUGCUUUCGAUCACGGCCCUUGGCCUCGCUUCUCCGGUUCUGAGAGGGGAAGGAUCAUGAUGAAGUUUGCAGAUUUAAUUGAGGAACAUAAAGAAGAAUUAGCAGCACUAGAUACUAUUGAUGCUGGAAAGUUGUUUACUUUAUGCAAGGCCAGGGAAAUUCCGACUGUUGUUAGGCUUCUUGGUUAGUAUGCAGGCGCAGCUGAUAAAGUUCAUGGAGAAGUUUUGAAAAUGUCUGGUAAAUUUCAUGGCUAUACUCUCCGGCAGCCAAUUGGUGUCGUGGGCAUCAUAAUUCCGUGGAACUUUCCAAGCCCUACCCUUUUUAUCAAGCUCGGCCCAGCGUUAGCUGCAGGCUGCACGGUGGUUGUCAAGCCUGCCGAGCAAACUCCUCUUUCAUCUCUUUACUAUGCUCAUCUUGCUAAACUGGCUGGUAUACCUGAUGGAGUGCUUAAUGUUGUCACUGGAUUCGGAGAGACAGCUGGUGCUGCAAUUACUUCCCAUAUGGACAUUGAUAAAGUGAGUUUCACAGGAUCAACAGAAGUCGGGCGCAAAGUAAUGCAGGCUGCAGCAGCAAGCAAUUUAAAACCAGUGUCACUUGAAUUAGGAGGCAAAUCGCCUCUCUUGAUCUUUGAUGAUGCUGAUGUAAAUGCAGCAACUGACCUUGCUCUCAAUGGAAUUGUGUAUAACAAGGGAGAAAUAUGUGUGGCGAGUUCACGGGUUUAUGUUCAGGAAGGUAUCUAUGAUGAAUUUGUAAAGAAGUUGGUGGAAAAGACAAAAUCAUGGGUGGUUGGGGACCCUUUUGAUCCUAAAGUCUGUCAAGGACCCCAAAUAACUCCCAGUAGAUUUCAACCAUUGAGGUUGAUAAGAAGUAGUUUAAGAAAAUCUUGUAUUACAUUGAACAAGGAACAAGGAAAAAGGGCAGGAGCUACCUUGUUGACAGGAGGCAAAGCUUUGGGCAAUAAGGGAUUCUAUAUUGAGCCAACAAUAUUUGUAGAUGUCAAGGAGGACAUGCCAAUAGCGCAAGAUGAAAUUUUUGGACCUGUAAUGGCAUUAAUGACAUUCAAGACCAUUGAUGAGGCAAUUACGAGAGCAAACAACACUAGAUAUGGCCUAGCAGCAGGCAUCGUGACCAAGGACUUAAAUGUGGCUAAUACCGUCUCGAGAUCGAUCCGUGCUGGUAUUAUAUGGAUCAAUUGUUAUUUUGCAUUCGACGCUGACUGUCCUUAUGGAGGGUGUAAAAUGAGUGGUUUUGAAAGAGACCUCGGACUAGAAGCCCUUUAUAAGUACUUCCAGGUCAAGUCCAUUGUGACACCCAUUUAUAAUUCUCCUUGGUUGUAAGCCUUUUUUUUUUUUCUUUUUUUUUUUUUUCAAUUUAUUCUUUAUUUUUUUUGUCUGUGUUUGUGUUUGAUAAUGUAAGGCAACCCUUUCUAAUCUCUUUAGCAGCCCUAGCCCCUACGAAUAUAACAGACAACUCAAACCCAAAAUCCCUUCCACAAUGAAACACUAGAAGGCAUGGACUGGCUUGAAGCCCUUGGUGCAAGAAUUUUAUUAAAAGAGAUGAACUUCCACUUUAUAGAGAGUGUUGUGAAAUAUUGUACUGCUACAUUUUGGUUGUUUGGUGUUUUUUUUUUUUUUUUUAAUAAUAAGCUGAUAAUGGCUGUGAUGUGAAGUUGUACAAUUGCCAUUGAAGCUGGUUAUGAGCUGUAGAGGAGGAAGAACAAGCUGCCAUUGCACAGGUUGGUGUAGGGUAGUCAUCAGUUGUCAAGGCAAAGUUUUAUAAUGUCAUUGUCCACUUAUGCACUGUAGGCUGAAGACAAAAAUGCACAUGGUGCAUUGUGGAUUGCAGCUGGAUCAUAUAUACGAGUUUUGUCAUGCUGCAAAGGAAUCAUGUUCCCAUCCGUUCUUCAAUUGUCGUUUUCCAAAAGAAAUAUGGAACUGUGCUUCUGCUUGAAUGGAUUGCCAAUAAAUUGGUCUAAUCAGCGAAAGUUUAUCACGAACCAAUGUAGGGUGCGAGUAUGGAUUGCUGUCUGGCGAAUUCAAAAUGAGGUUGUCAUGUUGCAUAAAGUGCAAGAAGAUGCUGCUAAAGUCAGCAAGGAUGUAAAUACUGAAUUUUGGAUCCAGAAAAUUGCAGUGUGUAAUUAAUUGAUUUUUCUAAGUUGAUUUAAUUCCCUGUGUAUGCCGGAGGCGUAAGAUGUGG